UGGGAGGUAAAGAAGCAGGAAACGCGUCCCACUGAAGGUUUUGAAUUACCUUUGAACCGUGCAACGUCAUUUUUUUUUCCUGGUUUCUGCGCUGCAUAUUUUGGUUUGUGGUACCUUACCCCCUCUCUUUUUGGCACAUCAUGGCUGAUUCGACACCACAACAACGACUACAAGAAAAGCAAGAAGAACAAGAACAAGAAGCCCUGUUGGAGCAAGAACUCAAAGAAAGACUGGAUGUUUUAUUAAAGGAUGAAUUGCUCGCUGAUGUGCCGUCUUCACCAACCAUUGAACAAGUGGAUACGCUUACUGCAAUCGAAGAAGGACGUGCCUAUCGCAUCACUGUCGACCGUGGACCACUUGAGCCUUUAUCCAUUGUAGUGAAUCAAGCAUCUUCAGUGAACGACAUUAAGCGCUUGAUUCGGAACGCUAUUGAUCGUGACCGCACCGCAACAACGACAAAGACAAAAAUUAGCUGGAAAUAUAUCUGGCGAUCGCAUUGUCUCAUGUUCAAUGGACAAAGACUCUUGGACAAUAACGCGGUUGUAAGCCAACUUGGUAUUUCGCAAGGUUCGGUGUUAAAGUUCUCGCGGCUUGCAUUUGAAAAGGGCAAACAUCGGCGCGCUCGCCGAAUACGUUGAAAAAAAAAACCACAAAGAUGGCCUACGAGUGGAAGAGAGACAGAGACACCUCGGUGAACUCGCCGGACAACGACUGACGGACGGUUAUGUCGAUGCGUUUGACGCAAGAGAGAGACACGUCAGUGAAGGGGGAGGAGGACAUCGGGGUUAAAUUGCUGGAUAAUACAUGCUGAUGCGAUAUAAAACGUACGCACACGGUGUUGGGUAUAAGAGAACACACGUAUUAUGUGUCAUUCGUAAGCAAGUUCUUUAAUAAUAAAUUUCCAAUAUGUUCUUAAACACACUUGAUGACAAAGGGCGCCAGCAAAUUAUUCAGCCAACGUCGGAUGAUUACCAAAUAUGGAAUGGAAAGUUCCAGCUGACGCUGGCAAAAUUGAUUCGGAUUAAUGCCGGAAGCUUCUCGCAAAAA